UCUCCUUGUCGUCCGAAUGUGGACAGAAGAGAGUGGGGGAGGCGUGCAGAAUCCUCUCGUUCUUCUCUUCAGUGGGUUCCUGGAUGCCAUUCUUCCUGUUCUCCAACUCCGCGCUGUGGUUGGGGAAAUCUUUCUCCAUGAGUUGGAAAGAGAGGGCUUUGAGGAUGCCUUUAGCUCUUCUACUAAAAACUAUGAACCACCACCCAUCCCACCACCCAUCACCUUCCACGCCAAACUUCUGGAUCAUCCUGAUUUGCCCCGCUGGCUGCGCUACAUCCAACGCACUCCCUUUCAAACUGGAUACCUCUACGGGUCUGCCACAAGCAAAGAUAUUGGAAAGCAGACAGUUGAGGUGACGGCCUAUGAAAGGUACUCCUACGAGACAGUGAGGCAAACAAUGAUUAUAAGCAUCGUACCAUCUCCAGAUGGAGAGAUGCCAUAUCAAGCUGAUUUCUUAGUCAAGAACUGGAAUGUGGAGGAAGUGCUCCCAACCGAUAUCCAAGAUCUUUUCCGGCAAGCUGUGGACAGCAUGUGGGAACAAGAAGGCUUGACAGUUGUUAAUAUUACCUCAGCCUUGGAUCGGGGAGGCCGUGUACCUUUGCCAAUUGAGAACCGGAAGGAAGGGGUUUACAUCAAGAUGGGUUCCAAGGAUCCAUUCACUGACUGCCUGACAGCGGCCAAGUCCCCUGACAACCUUUACCGGUGUAAAUUGGAGCAGCAGCCAGUCAUUACCUGUUAUGACAGUUUCAGCCCUCAGUUCACAAUUGACUGGUGCAACCUUACCUUGAUAGACCUUACAAAAAUAAACACCACAGAAACCAUGCUGGUCUAUGGAGAUGGGGUGCUUGAAGAUGGUAGUGAAUUCAAUCCUCCAGAAGAUGCCUCCGACAGGUCGUUCUUUGAUGACUUCCUGCUCACUCUCCUCCUUCCUUUCCUCUUGGGCCUUCUCCUCUGCCUUCUUCUGGCCUACAUCAUGUGCUGCAGAUGGGAAGGAGUGCACAAAAGGGACAUGAAGACCUCAGAUAUCCAAAUGGUGCAUCAUCACACGAUCCACGACAACACAGAGGAACUGAGGGAGAUGGCCGAAACGCGUGACGUGCCCCGGCCUCUCUCCACCUUGCCCAUGUUUAAUGUCCGCACAGGAGAGAUGAUCAAUCCCCUGCAAGGCAGCCGUUACGAUAGUGCCCAAGUGCCUCUCAUCCUGGCUCAGCAAUGAGCCUAUAUACCAGGUUAUGUGCAAUUUGACAGAUGAGAAUUCUCCCCCUAUGGUCAUCUCAAUAUUGUGACAACCGUCGUGGGCUUGGAUUUGAAGCUCAGGAUUCUGGCUGACACCCUGACUAAUGCUGUGCUCACACAAUGGACAGAGUUGUGCUACUGCAAGAAGAUCGUGUCGCUGUGCUAAACCAGGACGACCAGCAUUUCAUGCAGUGGAAUGUUGGUGUUAGGGCCCCCCAGGGCUGCUGCAUUUGCAAUGGUAGUGGUGCAGUGCAACUGCCCAGAGCCAGGUUGAAGUUGUUUCACAUCUGCCUGUGGUGCUAUACUGCUGGGACAGCCUUUCAAGUUGUGAAGCAGCCCCAAUGGGUCCCUAAAAAUAACCAAGAUUCUACUGCACAGAAUGUCAGCUGGUGACUUUCAGAUUUACAGUCUGGUGCUCUUGCACAAAUGUUCCCUGCAAAACAUAUUAAAAACUGUGCAUUUUGCUGUGCA